AUGCCAGACUUUGCAGCAGAUCUUCUUCGUUCAUUCCCUGUAUCGCUCCUCUUAUCGGGGUUAUUUGCAAUGGGUCUACUCUCAUGGCUGCGCCCUAGCGGGCGGAUCUCGUUCUUCCACGCCAAGGACAAUAAGCUCCUUCUGACCAAAGUAUCGGGGAAGACUGGCGCAAAGGAGCAGACAACCCUGGUGGAUGUCUGCCGUGAUGCGACUCCGGAGACCUGUCAUCUCAAUCCUUUUCUGUUCAACGGCCAUCUGCAGACCGCCUGGACGGUGAUGAAGCAUGACAAUGUCCCUGUUUACUACAAGCGGAAGAUGUUCGAGUCGGAAUCCCCCAUGUUCACAGGACAGUAUGCCAUAGAUUUCGUCGUCAAGCCUUAUGACAUGCCUCCGGAGGGUGAACUUACUGACCAGGCCCGCAAAUACACUCAACCAGAGGGUCUGCCACCUCGAACCUCGUUCUAUUCACCAGAAGAGCUCUCCGCUCUGCCCUCGGACGACACAAAGCCUAUGCUUGUUGUCCUUCACGGUCUGAGCGGCGGCUCUCACGAAGUCUACUUGCGACACGUCCUUGCCCCUCUCAUUGAAGAUGGUCUGUGGGAAGCGUGCGUUGUGAACUCGAGGGGAUGCGCGCAGACAAAGAUCAGUACCGGGGUUCUCUACAAUGCUCGUGCAACUUGGGAUAUUCGCGAGGCGGUCAACUGGAUCAGAAAGACGUUCCCUAACCGACCUCUGUUUGGCAUUGGGUUCUCACUUGGUGCCAACAUUCUUGCCAACUAUCUUGGUGAAGAGGGUGACAAUUGCCAAUUGAAGGCUGCUGUUAUCUGCGCCAGUCCUUGGAACCUGGAUAUUGGCUCUGCCUAUCUUCAAAGUACUUGGCUGGGCAAAGAAGUGUAUAGCAAGACGAUGGGUACCAGCAUGAAGAACCUUUUCGAAUCACACGUCGAACAGGUCUCCAAGAACCCUCGCAUCGACGUUGACGCCGUGCGAAGCAUCACCUACUUGCAUGAGUUUGACCGCGCUCUGCAAUGCCCAACAUGGGGAUAUCCCACCGAAGGCGCAUACUACCGGGAUGCCGCAUCCACCGAUGCCAUGCUGUCCAUCCGCAUUCCCUUCCUCAGCGUGCAGGCCGAGGAUGACCCCAUUGCUUGCCGCGACGCACUCCCCUUCCAGGAAAUGACCCAAACACCAUACGGAGUCAUGUUAACCACUUCAUGGGGCGGCCACCUCGGCUGGUUCGAAUUCGGAGGAGACAGAUGGUUCGUCAAGCCAGUGACGAACUUCCUGAACAAGAUGGCUCGGGAGAUCGACACCCAGAUUCCGGGAGUUGUGGAGCACCCGGAGAAACUGCCCGGACGGAUCGCCCACCACGCUGGCUUGGACAAGGAUCCCGACGUGGCACCCAAGCCUGUCUUUAACCCUGUGCACCGCAGACUCGAUAUGAAGCUGGCGCAGUAG